AUCGAUCGUCUGAAACAAGCUGCAGAGUGACAAGAGAGAGAGCAUAUGGUGGAGCGUAUCGUGGACAAGCGAUUGCGAUAUUAGCUUUCAGCGAGAGUCAACAGCAGCAGUUUGUGGCGGAGACCAUUUGAUGGUGUCACAAGACGUGUACAUCGGACAUUAAGGGUGCCUCUUCCUGAGUGGCAUCCUCUGCGGCCUGAAGAAGAUCGGUUUAAGACCUCAUCUUGGAUUUCUGUAACUCCGUAAAAAUCCAGAAGGAACACAUUUGCGCUUGAAAAAAAGUUUGACCUGACCUUAUCUUUGUGACCUUGACAGAAACCUGUGAAAAUUUGUUUGUGAAUCACCAGCUUUCAAAAGUUCAAAGGUCGACAAAGAUACCAUACAGUAGGGGACUGUAGGCACUCUGUUGCUGUUUCCUCGUGGUUGUUGGAAAUUUGACCAGAAUGGAAAGUUACGGGCUUCACGGUGACCAGCAGCGUAAUCUGCGCUGGUUCACUUGGCUGGUCCUGCUGGCUCAGUUGCUGGGAUUGACCGCAGUCAUUCUGGUGGCUGUCUGGAUGGGCCACUUCCGCUCUGGCUUUGCCUGGCAGGAGAACCCUGCGAUAGAGUUUAACUACCAUCCACUGUUCAUGAUCAUUGGUAUGAUCUUCCUCUAUGCUGAUGCGAUGUUGGUGUACCGAGUGUUUAGGAAUGACCGGAAGAUCUAUGUGAAGAUCCUUCAUGGCUCCCUCCAUGUGGCCGCUCUUCUCUUCUCCGCUGUUGGCCUCAAGGCUGUGUUUGACUCCCACAACCUGGCGGACCCUCCCAAAGCUAACCUCUACUCUCUACACAGCUGGAUGGGGCUCAUCACCAUUAUCCUCUUUGGAUUACAGUGGUUGGGUGGUUUCCUGUCCUUCCUAUGGCCAGGGGCGAGCCUAGGCAUCCGCAAACAGUACAUGCCGUUCCACACCUUCUGGGGACUGACUAUCUUCUGCAUGGCUGUUGGCACGGCUCUCAUGGGCAUCGUUGAGAAAACCUUGUUUUCUAUAAUGAAGCAGUACAGCAGCAUGCCGUCAGAGGGAUUACUGAUCAACUUCCUGGGACUGACGAUCGUUGCUCUUGCGAUCACCGUAGUGUACAUCGUAACCAAGAGCGAGUACAAGCGAGAACCCACCCCAGAUGAGGAGCACAUCCAACUGGCUGAGUAAAAUACAUGUACAUCGUCCUGAAGUGAGAUGACCUUGAAAGGGGUUAUCUGUGACCUUGAAGACUGAGCCUCUGGUAAAAGCCCCCACCUGUAGUGACAUAACCUAGUACCAUAGUGAUAGAGAUCAAGACUAAUGGAGCUUCUCAGAGGAUAAAAACACAUUUUUUUUCCUGAGUUACUUGUAAGUUAUCUAUUUGCACACUAUGUUUUCUGCAGUUUAUGGUUCUCAAAAAGACUACCAGUAUUUAAAGGAAAAGACCUCUAAAAACUGAAGUAGCCAUCACAUAAUAGACCUCUUAAAACUAUGCAUAAAUAUACUUUCAUUUAUUUUUUUAGAUUUUUGUGAAGAGAGUUAAAGGUGUUCAAACGUUUGAAUUCUGAAGUGGGCUUUAUGGACCAUACUAUUUUUAGGAACUCUGACGUCACAGGAAGUUUUUCCAACUCUAAUCAUGACACUGAAUGUUGGAAUAACUCUUUUUACCCAGAAGUAAAAGAUUACUGAAGUAAUGUUCUCAAAAAUUCCAUUCUUCUGAUGAACAUCAGGUAAAAAAAGUGAUACCAUCAGUU